CGCACGGCUUUCAGGGGGAACACUAUCCAUUCAUCUACAAUUCUUCAACCAUGACGAGGAAAAGGUUUCAUGGCCUGAAGAAGGUGAAAGUCCGCGCAUCCUGGAAUAAAUACAAUCUCUACAACCUCACCAGACUGAGGGCCCCGCCCACCCACCGAAACCAUUACCAGGAAAAAUGGACGGCCAAGUCUAUGUCCCGAGCUUAUCACGGCGAGUAUAUUCGAGAGAAGCAAUGGCAACGUAUGUUUAGGUCGCGGAUACCCGCUGUGGUUCCAAUGGAUCACAGAUAUCUGGCGGAGAAUGAUGGCUCGGAGCUUGCUGCUGGAAGAGGUUCAGGGAGGGAGAAGCCAUUGAACUCCGAACCGGCCAAGUCUGCGAAGAACCAGAUCCCCUUUAUGCACAUGACCUACGCGCCCCUGGAGAGACGAUUAGACAUGGCUGUAUGGAGGGCAUUGUUUGCCAGCAGUGCACGGCAGGCAAGACAAUUCGUUACACAUGGGAUGGUCAAGGUCAACGGGCAAAAGAUGCCAUAUGCCGGUUACCUCCUGAACCCAGGGGACAUGUUCCAAGUCGAAGUUGAUCGAGUACUAUACGCAACUGGUGCACCGAAGACACCCGAACAAAUAAGGAAAGGGCGUAAGAUUCACAGAGCACAACGGCUAGCGAAUCAAAAAGCUUCGGAGAAGAGACUCGCAAGGAAACGGGAUGUGGCGGCUGGAAGAACCAACUUGGCGUCAACUGGGAGCCAGCUGGGCAUAGAUGAAAUCCGCAAGCAACGCAAGCUGGAUCUCAAAGCCCUCCAGAACCAAGCAGAAACCAUCUUGCACGACAAACGCAGCCGAGUAGGUGCGAAACGCAAGAUCCAAAUCCGUGCUUUCAUGAGAGAGGUCAAAGACACCAUGAAAACGGUCAACCGCAGGAGCGAGAAAGAACUCGAUGCCGAGCUCGCUUCUCUCGUUUCCAAACUUGAAACUAUCCGGAAUCACGCCGCGGACGCGGCCGCCGAAAAAGCCGAGAAAGAAGAAAGCGAGUCUCAAAAGGAGGAACUGUCGCCAGAAGAACAGAAGAAACUUCGCGAAGCCCUUGUCCUCUCCCGGGAGAACCCCGUCGAUGAAUCGAAGCCCUACGCAACGCCCUGGAGACCGAGACCCUUCAUGUCGGCUUUCGCGUUCAUCCCGAGAUAUCUGGAGGUCAAUCACAACAUCUGCGCAGCUGUGUAUCUCCGACACCCUGUUGCAAGGCCCGGUUUCGCAGAGGUGCCAUCCCCAUUCCCCGCAGAGAUACAGCAGCUGGCGUAUACUUGGUAUCUGAGAAGGAGGUAA